CAUUUGUGAAAUCCCUCGGAAUCCCUACAGUCAGUACACCAUGCUCAGCAUCCGUCGCGCCGUCGUUGCCCGCGCCCCCGCCACGCUCUCGGCGGCUGCCAUGCCCACCCGCUCGUUCUCGGACAAGUGGACCGAGAAGGAGUUGGCUGAGGAGAAGCGCUACUUCAACAAGGAAGACGAGAAGGCUCUCCGCCAGCUCCUCGCCAAGAUGAAGGGCCAGGUCGACGGCAAGGACGCUGCCAAGGCCCACGAAGCCGCCGAGAAGAAGCACCUCUCGCAGAUCCUCGGCUCGGACGUCUCGGCCGACGCCAUCGAGAAGCUCCUCAAGUGGAAGCACGACCAGCACUAAGCGCCACCAUGAUCGUGAUGAUGAAAUGAAUCAGUAUGCAUUAAUCCUCUACCCACAGUCUGACCCACAGCCUUGGCGUGGUUGCCAUUCGGGC